CGGGGCCGCCAUGGAGGUGUGCGAGAGCGGCGAGCAGCCGCCGCUGCUGCAUUGGGAUCGCAAGCUGAGCGAGCUGUGCGAACCCGCCGACCCCGACACCCUGCUGGGCCACACGCACUUCACAGAGUUCCUGGACGAGUUCUCACCAGAUGUCCUAGGCCAGCUCUUGAACGAUCCCUUCUUGUCUGAGAAGAAUGAAGUGAUGGAGGUGGAACUGUCUCCAGCAUCCCCAGCGCCACUCAUCCAGGCAGAGCACAGCUACUCCUUGUGUGGGGAUUCCCGGCCCCAGUCACCGCUGACCCACAUCUCGACUGAUGACAACUUCAAUGAAGGUGACCUGGAAAAUGAGGACUGGUGUCUGGGUUCAGAACUGACUCCAGCAGCAAUAAAGACUGAGCCAGCGUUGUGCGAGACGUCAGGCCUUGCUCCCUCUGUCAGUCUCACUGUCUCUGCCAUGUCGCUGGAUGGGGAACAAGCUGAGCUGCAUACUGAUGUCCUGAUGAAACCACUGAGCCAGAAAGCUCUUCCAGAGAUUAAAUUGGAGCCUCAUGAAGUGGAUCAGUUUCUGAAUCUCUCUUCUAAGGAAGCAGUUGAUCCCCUGCAUUUGCCUCCAACCCCUCCCAGCAGUCAUGGCAGUGACUCUGAGGGAGGGCAGAGCCCAGCUAGAUCUCUCCCUCCUUCAAGCCCAAUUCAGCUGCAAGCCGCAGCUAAAGUGGCAUCACGCACAGCUUCAGCACUCUCCAAUUCCCCUCUCCUGACUGCACCACAUAAAUUGCAGGGGACUGGCCCACUCAUCCUGACAGAGGAGGAGAAGAGGACACUGAUAGCAGAGGGGUACCCAAUCCCUACCAAACUGCCCCUGACAAAAGCAGAGGAGAAGGUGCUGAAGAAAAUCCGCAGAAAAAUAAAGAACAAGAUCUCUGCCCAGGAAAGUAGAAGAAAAAAGAAAGAAUACAUGGACAGCCUGGAAAAAAAAGUUGAGAACUGUUCAAACGAAAACAGCGAGCUACGUAAGAAGGUUGAAGUCCUGGAAAGUACUAACAGAACACUUCUGCAGCAGCUGCAGAGACUCCAGGCCAUGGUUGCUGGGAAGGUGUCCCGUUCAUGUAAGGCAGCUAGCACACAGACAGGGACCUGUCUUAUGAUGGUGGUGCUGUGCUUUGCAGUUGUUUUUGGCAGCUUUUCUCAGAGCUAUGGACCAUAUCCUUCGGCUACAAAGAUGGUGUUGCCCAGGCAGCAUUCCUCACCAGAGUCCUACACAGACUCCAUUGUGAGGUCACGGAGUCUGCUAAUUUAUGAAGAGCCUCACCAACUGGAGGAGUCGUCGAGCCCGAUCUCAUCUGCAGAUCGAAACGACAGGCAUGCAGACAGCACCAAGUAUGCGGCGCUAGCUCUGGAAGCAGUGCCGGUGAUGCAGCGGGAUGAUAUCAUGGAGUUCACAAUAGCCAACGAGACACGGCUAGAGAAAUCAGUGCUGCUGGGCUUACAGCAGCACAGAGUCAACUCUGAAAUUGAAGGAAAUGAAACACUGAAGAUAAUUGAAAUAGAUAGAAGAGUCAAUGCCACCUCUUAAAAAUAAAAAGGCCUUUUUUCUUGACUUCCCUCUUUCCCAGAUACUUUCAACCAAAGUCCCCCUGACUUGUCAUCCUUAGUGAACCAAAGCACAAAAGAGGGAGUUGACUAAAUUCUGCAUUGACUGGUGAGACUGUGACUGCAGAUGGAAUCUCUUGUCUUGUGACUCCCUUCCUUACUUCACACAAUCCCUAUAUUUGCUUUUAUUUCUUUCCUGUCUGGUAAUACAAGGGCAGGGUUGAAUUAUGAUUGCAGAUGAUAUCAGCAGUGUGCUGAUGAUCGAUCUGUGUAUGUGUGCCACUGCUUGCAUGUAUACAUCAUCAUCUGUGCAUAAAGUCAUUGGGUAGAAGAGUGGAAUAUGCAAAACUGAUGGGAGCAAGUGGUUGAUGGGUUUCUUGGGAGAAGGUAAUUAAGAGAAAUAGGAGAGGCAGUGUGAUGCUGCUCGACUUUAGUCACGAUUCUAUGCUCACUGGUCUGUAGAACUUGAGCCUUUUUGGGAGGAGUGAGAAGCAUAUGUUUCAUCUGCCUUUGAAAGCACAAGAAUGGGCCCCAAUACUAUUUUGUUAACAGCACAGGCAGGAGAGGUAUGGACAGUGACGGUGCUGAAUCAUCCUCCCCUACAUCUUUGUCUCUUCUGCUCACCAGCCCCUAUGUCAUUUAGUGUAACAGGUUUCUGUUUGCACUGGAAGCAAACGUGGUAGGUAUCCCUACUUCUUCUACCCUUAUGGAAUUCAAGCGAAGAUCCAUCACUGUCUUGUCACAAUGUCUGGGACAAAUGGAGUAAUUUAACUGAUUCUGUUUAGAAAGCAGGUUUUGUUAACUUCAGGCAGUGUUUUGGGUGGAUGUUCCUUAGUCUGCUGAAGGCUAAUCUGUUUAGUUCAGAUCAAUUCCUUCCCAAUAAACUAAAUCAAUGUUAAGUCUUAAA